CAGCCCGCCCAGCAUCUUCGGGGUUUGAGAAUGGCCCAUCUCCUGCCAGAACUUUGCGGAGAGACCCCCUUGACCGACAGCAGCCUCUGGGCCAGCGACAGAAACAGCAGACAGAAAGUGAAGGAGGAGGCUGAGGAGGAGGAGACGGCUGGCUUAGAAACGCAGCGCCUGCACUUCAGGCAGUUCGGCUACCAAGAGGCCGAGGGGCCCCGCGAGGUGUGCAACCGUCUCUGGGAACUUUGCCACCGGUGGCUGAAGCCCGAGAGGCACACCAAAGAACAGAUUCUCGAACUGGUGGUCCUGGAGCAGUUCCUGAUGGUCCUGCCCCCGCGGAUCCAGAGCUGGGUCCGAGACGUGGAGCCAGAAAACUGCUCCCAGGCGGUGACCUUGGUAGAAGAUUUCCUGGUGAGGCAGCAAGGGGAGGAGAAUCAGGAAGAGCCGGUGAGAAUAUUUGUCCCUCACCAUUUCAUUGGGAAGUGGUUUAGAUCAGUGUUUCUCAGACUUGGCAACUUGCUGGCUGGGGAAUUCUGGGAGUUGAAGUAA